CCAUCUCCUUGGGCCAUUUCUGCAAUGGAUGAAGCUCUGAUAUCGGUGGACCGUUGGGCGAAAGGAAGCCAGGCGUACUUCCUGACCCACCUCCACGCCGAUCACACCAAAGGCCUCUCUUCCACGUGGUCCCACGCUCCUCUCUACUGCUCCUCUUUCACCGCUGACCUCAUUCCCUUAAAGUUCUCCGACUUCGACCUCUCUCUCCUCCACGUCUUCGAAAUCGGCACCUGGCAAACCCUCAACCUCAUCUCCCGUUCCUCCGGCGCCCCCACCGCCGUCGAAUUCAUCGCAAUCGAUGCCUGUCACUGCCCCGGUUCGGUUAUGUUGCUGUUUCGUGGCGAGUUUGGGUGCAUGCUGUACACGGGGGAUUUUCGAUGGGAGGUGGGUUGUGAGAGGGCUGCGAAGGCAAAGGAGAUGCUUGCGGGUGCUAUCAAGGAUGAUAAGGUGGAUGUGGUUUACCUUGACAACACGUACUGUAAUCCUAUCUAUGAUUUUCCAAAUCGCCAAGUUGCAGCUCAGCAGGUUAUUGAUAUCAUUGCUUCUCAUCCUGACCAUGAUGUUAUUAUUGGGAUUAACACUCUGGGAAAAGAAGAUCUUUUGGUUCAAAUUUCAGAGGCGCUUAAGAUUAAGAUUUGGGUGUGGCCAGAGCGAUUGUGGACUAUGGAUCUUCUUGGUUUCUAUGAUAACUUUACAAUCAACACAAGUAUUACUAGAGUGAGAGCUGUUCCUCAGUAUAGCUUUAAUGUUGAAACUUUAGAGGAACUGAACAGAAUUAAGUGCCCAACCAUAGGUAUUAUGCCAUCAGGUCUUCCAUGGGUAAAGAAAUCCCCUCCAAAGACCAAGUCUAUUUCACGUGCACAUUUAACAGCUCGUUGUAAGAAAGCAGAAUGGAGUGAAGACGACGAUGAGUAUGAGCCAAUGGGGGAUAUAGGACCUCCCGAGAAGCUUCACAAGUACAUAUUUACUGUUCCAUACUCUGAUCAUUCAAAUUUUGCAGAGAUAAUGGAUUUUGUGAAGCUUAUCAGGCCAAAAAACCUGAAGGGCAUUGUAUCUUCUUCAUCAUGUUAUAUUGAACCUAUGUACUACCUCGGUCUACUUUGUCAAGGCAACCGUCCUUCAGAAGUGUUGAAUAGCAAGCUUAAAAGGAAAGCUAGAGCUACAGUAGCUGGGAGCAACAAAAAACCAUCAGGUUCUUAUAAUGCUGAGUUGGUGAGAAAGAGAAGCAUGACUUUGAAGGCCAGGCUUAAGCGAAUUCGUUUGAGCAAGCAUAGUAUACUGAGAAAAGUGCGCAAGGGUGCCAAAAUUCCGGAUAUAAGUGCUGAUCUAAAGACUGACAGUGAUGGAAAUCAAGUGGAAUAGACGACAAAGGAAACUGGAUAUGCAUGGUCAGUGCCACAGCUGAAGUUAACGGUGCAAGGUAUGGUCAACAUGCUCCUUAACACAGCUUGGUAAAUUUUCGUUGUACAUUUUGAAAUGUCUGUCAAUAGCAAGUUUAUUCAUCAGUAUACGGUUCUCGAUGAAUCUGUGCACUCCUUUUGGAUGUAGCCUUGUUCUCUCUAGAUGCACAAGAAAUUGUGGUAAAAAUGUUAAGAUGAGGUUGUCAAUUGAUUUAAUGGACAAUGUUAUAUAUAAUUUUGAGGUGCUACUGCCUACUGCUACACAAAUCUGA